GAUGGAAACAGUCUGAAAGUGCUUGAAGGUUUGAGGGGUGAUGCUUUCCAAAAGGCGAAGGAUUUGGGCAUUGCCAAGUUGAGUGAAAAGAAUGGGCUUCAAGUUCUGAUUGAUGAGAUAAAGAGGAUGGUCUUCCCGCUUGGUGCACAGGAAGCUCAGGCUUUGUUCCGCAGUGGUCAGGACAAGUUCGGUCCCUUGGCUAGGAAGCAGACCGAGUCUGUUGUCAGCUACGUCGGCAGGCGCCGUCGUUGGUGGCUGCUCAUGCAGCAGCUAGAUCCUCGGAUUAGUCUUUCGGACAGUUUGAGGGCCGAAUUGCUACUGGAACUUCGCGGUCUGACUAGAGACCAGCAGUUGAUGAUCAAGGCAUGUGCCGGUGGGAUCGAUACCUUUGAAGGUUAUGCGAAGAUCAUGAUUGAGCAUCACGGAUUGAUUCACCUUCGCAGUCAGCGUAUCCUUGGGUCACAGGCGUAUGUGGCAGAGAUACCCGGAAGCAUGCCUGAGAACGUGAUGUACACACAUGAAGAAGAAGAAGAACACUGGGGUUAUGUCACUAGCGCACAUGAAGAGCAGUGUGAGGCGGAGAGUUGGUAUGACGAUGAAGCCAGUCAUGCAAUGGUGACUCAGAGUAGCGAGAUGGAGCAAGUGGAAGAGGUCUCGGAUGAAGACAUGGCUACCGCCUUGAACGUGAUGGAGUCUUGCGAUCAUGAAGCCCGCAUGGAUACCGCAGCCGAAGCAAUCCAACUUCAGCUAGCAGCUAACAUGAUCAUGGGAAAGGCUGGUGGUAAGGGCAAGAAAGGCUCGGGAAAAGGUAAGGGCCAGAAGGGAUUCCCAGUGGUGAAGUCUAGCUUGACCAUAGAAGAGAGGAAGAAGAGACUGCAAGAGAUAAAGUCCCGAUCGAAGUGCCUGAAGUGCGGGAGACAGGGGACGUCUCAUGCCAUGAUGGCCUACAAGGUUGUUCCACCUGGAGGGAAUCAAAGAUUCAAGUUCGGGCAACAUACAGGGUUGUCGUUUGAAGAAGUGACGUGGAAGUACCCGGGAUAUGCGGUGUGGGGAUUCAAGGAGAAGAAGCCUUCGUUGUAUCUUGCAGCAUAUCUGGAUUGGGUGCGCAACUACUACGAGAUUGAUGAAGAUACAGUAGAGGACAUCAGCACGCAUGGAACCAAUGUGUACGUAACGGUGAGGACUUGCAGGGAUUGUGGACAUGUUGAGAAGAUAAAGAAGACCCAGCCAGAGGGUAAGAGCAUUGCAUCAGCUACGUCGCAGUCGUUUGAUCUGGUAGCUAACAUCUACCAAGACAUCACAAAUGAGACCCAGCUGAGUACCGCUCAAGUCCUGAGAGUUCUUGAUGACCUUCGAACCCAGGUAGAGAAUGAGUUGGUAGCGCAAGAUUGUGCAGGGGGAGUACCGUCUAUCAAAGUGGGUACGCUACAUGCCAUCGUGCAGGACAGUGUUCUAGCAGCAGUGGUAGAAGAAGAGAGACCACAACCCUCGACAACGACGCAGAUCCCUGACAUGCCGUCACGCGCGCGCGCUUUCCCAGGUCAUGCGAUGUCAGCAGCUGCGGGAAGCGAGAGACGGAGGACCUCGAUGUCUGACAUGGAUGAAGAUAGCUUGAAUGGGUACAUGGCGGUUCUUCAGGAUGACGAGGUUGCCUUGACCCUACCCGAGGUAGACUUGAUGUCCAGCCCUGACAUUUACGCAGUGCUUGAUGAGGGUGCAAAUAGCUCCGUUGCGGGUGGCGUAUGGAUGCGUAACACAGAGCAGAAGCUACAUCGCCUGGGGUUUGAGGCUCCAUGGAUGAGUUCGGAGGCCAAGACCUUUAACGGGUUAGAUUCCACCACCUCCACUUUGGGUACGAGACGCAUUCCCUUUUCCAUAUUGUUAUUCGACCUUGACCGUUCCGGCAAGGGCAAGGCAUAUGAAGGGGAUGAACCCGAGCUUAGUGGAAGGAACUUGGUGUCGGGACUUCUGGAUGUUCACGUUCUUCCGGAGUCGAACAACGCCCCUUUGCUGCUCUCCCAAUUUGCUCAAUGUCGGCUUGGACUGGUCAAGAACAUGAGGGACUUCACAUGUACGAUACUCAGAGACAACAUAGAGAUGCAUGUUCCAUUAGCCCGUGCAAAAGGGAGCAACCUCCUAUGCAUCAACCUCAGCACUGGUCUGAAGCACCGCAGCGUACUACCGAAAGGAGUACGAAAGCUUUCGACAACAUCAGCGAAUGGACCCGUAGUGCUACCCCGGAACAAGAAGGUACGAAGUCAUGAGAGACAAGAUGAUCGGAACGAACCAUACAACGAACGUCCCCGAGACGAUUCCCCAACCCUUGAGGGUCGUUUGAAGGGUGGAGAGAUUGGUUUCACCGAUGGCCUUGUGAACUCUGAUCCUGCGAAUCUUGUGAGCUCAGACAGCCCCGCGGGCUCUGGCGAUCUUUUGGAUUUGGGUUCCGAUAUUUUGCAUACCGCUGCGAGAUCCACUACUUUGCCCGGCGAAGCUGAGACAUCUGGUGGUUCCUUGAGUCCCGAUCUUUUGCCCGACACCACGAGUCCUGAUACAUCUGCGAAUAUGGCGGCGAGCAGGGCGGCUGGUACUCGCACGACAGUUUUUAUUGGCUCCGUGGGCGUUAGGAUCAACUCUUGGGCCUCGCAGUGGAAGGCAUAUGCAGAUGGUCAGAAGCAGUACGACUCUGAGGCUAAAAGGGCCGCGCUCGAGCUGGUGAGAUCAGUUUUCGGGGCCCAUGUGCCCAGCAACGCCUCGUUGUUCGUCUGCGACCUUGCUGCAGUUUCUGAUCCCGCGCCUAUCACGAACCACAUAGGAAGGAACCCCGCGGUUUUGGAACGGGUGGCACAUGCCCCAGCUGUGGUUAACGCUCUCGCUGGCCUACGCACCUGGGUGGCUAAGAGUUCCCGACCUUCUACAUCUUGUUUAUUUGCACUGCCGCGAGGCAUCGUUCUGUGGCCGCUUGUGAGUUGGCUACAGCUAUCCUCGACACUGAGUGCAAUUUUGAGAUCGUACAUGCAGGUCGUGACGACAGCUGGUCAUCUAUGCGCACGUGUUUCGGCCGGUGUUCAGCCUGCAGCCGGGAGUCGUCCAAUCCUCCUGCAGCGAUUGCAAAGGUCUUGA